CUGAGUAUUUUUUUUUGAGAAGUUUGGUUAAAUGUCUGGAAAUUUUACGUGUUGGCUUUUCAGGAAAUAUUCCCCUGUCCACUGGUUAACCUUGAUAAAGCAAAGACGAUUUUUUGUCACAGAUUCUUUGUGUAAUACAUAUGGUCAUAAACACAAUAUUUUAACAAGUUUAGGUUCUUGUCUAGGUCAAAGGUUUCUUGGAUCAUGCCUGCCUAUUCCUAGAAAGUACGGACACAGAUUUCUAGGAAAUUCAAAGUGGCCUAAAUCUUGGAACUUUUAUGACAUUGGAGCUGCCAAAUUUCCAUGUGGUUUUCAUAAGAGUUGUGUGUUUUCAACACAAAAUCACUGCCAUGGACAAUUUUCUAGGAAAUUCUCAAGUUCUAGGAAUCAUUAUCAACAGAGGAACAGAACUACAGCAACAUACACCAUAGCAUUAGUGAUUGUCGUUCUUGGGGCCUCGUAUGCUGCCGUACCCUUGUAUAGGAUUUUUUGCCAGGCAUCAGGUCUGGGUGGGACAGUGCAACAGUCAGAUGCCGGUGAAAAAAUCAAGAACAUGACAACAAGAAAAGAACGCCUGUUGACAGUUCGUUUUAACGCUGACAAAAGCGCCACAAUGCAAUGGUCUUUUAAACCGCAACAGCCCGAAGUAAAGGUGUAUCCAGGUGAAACAGCAUUGGCAUUUUACACAGCAAAAAACCCAACUGAUGUUCCCAUUACAGGCAUCUCAACCUACAAUGUGAUACCAUUUGAGGCUGGACAGUAUUUCAAUAAGAUUCAGUGCUUCUGCUUUGAAGAACAAAGACUAAAUCCACAUGAACAGGUUGAUAUGCCGGUGUUCUUCUACAUUGAUCCGGAGUUCUUGGACGACCCAGCGCUCUAUAAAGUGGACACUAUAACUCUAUCCUACACCUUCUUCCAGGCAAAAGAAGCUCAUGAUUUAGGAAUUUAAUAAAAAUCUUCGAAAUAAAUCGCCCGGAAAGUCCUCGGUUCAUAAUCAUG